CUCUCAGGCUCCAGGAGGCGGUGGCUCGCGCCCCGGCGCACGGUCGGGCGCCUCCGAGCCCAGGUCGUUGGGCCCCGAUCAGGGUCCCCGGCCGUGCGCAAGGCAACAUGUUGAGGCGCAGCAUGGAAAACCGGGACGCUCAAACCAGACAACUGCAAGAUGCUGUCACAAAUGUGGAGAAGCAUUUCGGAGAGCUGUGCCAAAUCUUUGCUGCUUAUGUGCGGAAAACUGCCAGACUGCGAGACAAAGCAGAUCUACUGGUGAAUGAAAUCAACGUGUAUGCCUCUACAGAGACCCCAAAUUUAAAGCAGGGCCUGAAAAACUUUGCUGAUGAGUUUGCCAAACUUCAGGAUUAUCGACAAGCAGAGGUAUGGAGGUCACAGCGUCAUUGUUAUGAGUGAGCCCUGAAGUAGUGGAUGAAGAACCCGUGAAGACUUUCACUUGUAAUCCACCUAACUGCAGUGGCGAACGCACACUUGAUGAUAAACGUACAUUUUCAUGUAACAUUUUGUGAGUCUAUUAAAGGGAAGCUUCCUGUGA